CUGACCCUCGCCUGCCCUGUCUGGCCGCCGGCCCUAACCCUGCUCGUCUCCUCCGCAGGCCUCCUCGCUAGAGAGGCGGAGCCCUGGCCUGGCCUCUUGCCUCUCUCACAGCCUGUGCCCCGGGGAGCCCGGCUUGCAGACCACAGCAGUGGUGUCCAUGGGGUCCGCGGACCAUCAGUUCCACCUGGCGGAGAUCCUGUCUCGGAACUACGGCGUCCGGGAGGAGCAUGAGGGGGCCGCGCGGGGCCCGGAGAAGCCGGAGGAGGAGCUAGAGAAGGACUUCGUCUCCCAGAGCAGCGACAUGCCCCUUGACGAGCUGCUGGCCCUCUAUGGCUACGAGGCCUCGGACCCCAUCUCGGAGCGCCAGAGCGAGGGCAGCGACGCCGCAGCCAACCUCCCGGACAUGACCCUGGACAAGGAACAAAUAGCGAAGGAUUUGCUUUCAGGGGAAGAAGAGGAAGAAACACAGUCCUCAGCCGAUGACCUCACCCCAUCUGUGACCUCCCAUGAGGCCUCUGACCUUUUCCCUAAUCAGAGUGGACCCCGCUUCCUGCCUGAUGCAGACAAGGAGCCUGGCUCCUCCAGCUCAUCAGACACCGAGGAGGACCCGCUUCCCGCCAACAAGUGUAAGAAGGAGAUCAUGGUUGGGCCUCAGUUCCAAGCCGACCUCAGCAAGCUGCACUCGAACCGCCAGGGUGAGAAGAUCUAUGAGAAUGAAGACCAGCUGCUCUGGGACCCCAACAUCCUUCCUGAGAGGGAGGUGGAGGAGUUCCUGUACCGGGCGGCGAAGCGGCGGUGGCACGAGGUGGCUGAGUCUCAGCUCCCGGAGGGAGAGGCAGUGAAAGACAGCGAGCAGGCACUGUAUGAGCUGGUGAAAUGCAACUUCAAUGCCGAGGAGGCCCUGCGGAGGCUGCGGUUCAACGUGAAGGUGAUCCGAGACGGGCUGUGCGCCUGGAGCGAGGAGGAGCGCCGCAACUUCGAGCACGGCUUCCGUGUGCACGGCAAGAACUUCCACCUGAUCCAGGCCAACAAGAUGGCUCUCCCUGGAGCACCAGUGACGCCCACGCUCAGCGAGAAGUGGGCUUGCUCCGCAUGCUCUCUGGGCCGGGGUUGUCCCACCCCCUCCGCCGGGCCUGUGAGGAACAGAGCACACGUGCGCACACGGUCUGUGGGCGAGUGCGUGGAGUAUUACUACCUGUGGAAGAAGUCUGAGCGCUACGACUACUUCUCCCAGCAGACGCGGCUGGGCCGCCGGAAGUACGGCCCGUCGGGAACCACGGACGCGGACCAGGACCUGGACAGCGGUGACCCCGAUGGCCCUGGCCGCCCCCGCUCCUCGCCGCCCCUGCCUCUGCCCGCCACUGCCGAUGGCCCGGGCCCUGAGCGGGACGCCCUGGCCCGGAUGCGCACCGAGCCCCUGAGUGUGGGCAGCAGCACGUCUGGGAGUCUCGGCGAGCCCGGGGAGGCCCCCGACGGUCCCCCGUCCUCGGAGCCAGGGCCCUGUUCGUUCCAGCCACUGGACGUAGACGCGCCCUCGGCCGUGCCCUUGCCUCGGCGGCCCCCAGCCCUGGCUGAGCCGGCCUUCUACUCCCCCACCACGGCUGCUCCAGAGCCCGGUGCCAGCUCAAGGCUGGCUGUGGACUUGGCCCUGCCCGGGGCCCUCCCCGAGGAGCUGCCCCUCAUCUCCAGCCACGUGGAUAUGGACGGAGAGCCCGAGGAGGCCGUGGCCCCCGCACAGGUGGCUUUGUCGGUUGCCGAGUUUGGACUCAUCGGCAUCGGGGAUGUGAAUCCCUUCCUGGCCGCCCACCCCGCGUGCCCGGCCCCUGGGCUGCACUCGGAGCCCCUGUCACACUGUAACGUGAUGACCUGUUGAUCCCUGGCCACAGGCGGGCGUGUGUGGCCCAGAUUGGACUGGGGGCCGCCGUGAGGCCUGCCUGUCAGUCUUCCUGACCCUCCCCUCCUCGCGGGCCUCCGGUAGCUCCUCUGCUCAG